AGCUUUCCGGCGUGCGCAUGCGCGCGCGCGGGACACUCGACAUCGAUGGUGCGGUCGCCAUCACUGAGGGAACGGCGGGGAGGGAACAUGGCUGUGGAGUCCAGAGUCACACAGGAGGAGAUUAAGAAGGAGCCAGAAAAGCCGGUGGAUCGAGAAAAAACCUGCCCUCUGUUGCUGAGAGUAUUCACAACUAAUAAUGGAAGACAUCACAGAAUGGAUGAUUUUGCGAGAGGGAAUGUCCCAUCUAGUGAGCUUCAGAUCUACACUUGGAUGGAUGCAACAUUAAAAGAGUUAACAAGUUUAGUAAAGGAAGUUUACCCAGAAGCACGGAAGAAAGGAACACACUUCAGCUUUGCAAUUGUGUAUCCAGAUCCAAAACGACCUGGUUACAGAGUAAAAGAAAUUGGCACCACUGUUUCAGGAAGGAAAGGACCAGAUGACUCUAUGACAUUACAAUCACAAAAAUUUCAGAUUGGGGACUAUCUGGACAUUGCAAUUACACCGCCUAGUCGAGCACCACCACCUCCUGGCCGCAUGAGACCCUAUUAAUGUUCUUUUCCCAUCCCCUUUUGUUGGGGUGAGGUUGGGAAACCUCAUAUUUAGGUUUUGUUUGGAACAGGUGGGCCUUGAUGGAAUAUUUGUUAGUGGCCCUGCUACAAUCUAACUGUUAAAGAAAACAAAACCAAGUAUGCCAUAUUCCGAUUCCAUUGUAAGCAAAUGUAUUUUUGGAAAUUUGCAGUACUGAUUUAUAGCGUUUGUGUGUUCUAUCUUAGUUAUGGAUUUUGAUUAGUGAUUUAUUUGGAGUUUAAUAAAGGUAUGCCUUUUGUGAA